AGCAAAAGAAAGGAACUGCAAACCUGGCUGGAAAUUUUGCCUUCAAGUCACCCUUAGGCAAACGAAUAAUUUAGAAAGGCCCCAAGAGGAUAGAUAUUUUUUGCAGGAAUGGUCACUCCCUAAAUCCAGGCAAGGAAGGGGAGGAGCCUGAGCCGUGUCCCGCCCCUUCUCCUGUAAACUUCAGUCGCUCCAAGUUUGGCGGCAGGAGUUCCAAAGGCCGGGAGUAGCAGCACACUUUGAAACUUCUCAAUGGUGUCGGUGACUAGAACCGUGUUUGGAGACCUGCCCUUGGGGGCAGGGACGGUGGAGAAGUUCCAGCUGCAGUCAGACCUGCUGAGAGUGGACAUCAUCUCCUGGGGCUGCACCAUCACGGCCCUGGAGGUCAAAGACAGGCAGGGCAGAGCCUCAGAUGUGGUCCUCGGCUUUGCCGAGUUGGAAGGGUACCUCCAAAAGCAGCCCUACUUUGGAGCAGUGGUGGGCAGGGUGGCCAACCGAAUUGCCAAAGGCACAUUCACACUGGACGGGAAGGAGUAUAAGCUGGCCAUUAACAACGGGCCCAACAGUCUGCACGGAGGACUCAGAGGGUUUGAUAAGGUCCUCUGGACGCCUCGGGUACUGUCAAACGGCGUCCAGUUCUCGCGGGUCAGUCCAGAUGGUGAGGAAGGUUACCCUGGGGAGUUAAAAGUCUGGGUGACAUACACGCUGGAUGGUGGGGAGCUCAUGGUCAACUAUCGAGCACAGACCAAUCAGACCACACCGGUCAAUCUGACCAACCAUUCCUAUUUCAACCUGGCAGGCCAGGGUUCACCAAAUAUUUAUGACCAUGAAGUCACUAUAGAAGCUGAUGCUUUUUUGCCUGUGGAUGAAACCCUGAUUCCUACAGGAGAAGUUGUACCAGUACAAGGAACUGCAUUUGACAUGAGGAAGCCAGUGGAGCUUGGGAAACGCCUGCAGGAGUUUCACAUCAGUGGCUUUGACCACAAUUUCUGUCUGAAGGGGUCCAAGGAAAAGCAUUUUUGUGCACGGGUCCAUCAUGCUGGAAGCAGCCGGGUACUGGAAGUGUACACCACCCAGCCCGGGGUCCAGUUUUACACAGGCAACUUCCUGGAUGGCACACUGAAGGGCAAGAGUGGAGCAGUCUAUUCCAAGCACUCCGGUUUCUGCCUCGAGACCCAGAAUUGGCCUGAUGCAGUCAAUCAGCCCCACUUCCCGCCUGUGCUGCUGAGGCCUGGUGAGGAGUAUGAUCACACCACCUGGUUCAAGUUUUCUGUGGCUUAAGGAAGUGUAAAGACAUGACCUGUGCAGGGUCAGGCUGGGAGUCCCUUCAGCAGCCUGUCUCCUGUUUGAGAGAUGAGAUGAAGAUUUAGAUGCUUGAAAAGUGAUCUUGUGAAUUAAAAUCACACCAAUGGUAGCUGUCAUGACAGUCAGUCUGAACAUUGAUUUCCUUCUCCAGUGACGGGCUCUAGGCCAAGUCUAAUGACCAGCUCUAUAAUUAAGAGGAUCCAGCCACCAGAGUCAUCAUCUAAGCCCUAACCCUAGCCCAGAAAUGGUACCUAGGCUUCUUGUGCUGUGUUGGCUCCAUCUCCACACUGACUCUUUCUUUUCUACUUUUCACCCCUCCUUCCUUUGCGCCUACACUCUCAUUCCUUUUCUUUUUCCUCCUCUUCCACCGCAAACCACCUUGCCCUUGUGCAGCACUUCGGAGUUGUACCUUAUACUAUUAUAUACUAGCAAUCAGUUGAAAUUAAAAAAAAAAAACAAAAACCUGCACCUUUAGAAGACUCCCAGUUCCUUUGCUCAUCUUUAAAUCUGUAAGGCAUGGGCCUUUGGGAAAUGGACCAAGUAUAUGGUGUGUUCUCGAUUCUGCUAUACUCUCCAGUAUGAACCAGGCAUCUUCCUAGAGGAAAGCUACCUAACUGUCAACCUAUUGAGCUUCCCAUAUUUCCUCUUUCUUAGCAACAACAAUAAACCAUUUUUAAAAAUUCA